GUCCCGGCUUCAUUAAGGAUCAGUAGGGCGCCCUUUCUUCCCAAGUAAAGAACAAACAAUAUGGUCGUCCAUUGUUUCACACACAACGCUUUUACCUACAUACUUCAGCCCUCCACUCCCAAAACACCUCCAAGGGGAGAGAGAACCAGAGACACUUCCAACACUACUACUCAGUCCUACACGACAUUCGCACAUAUGCCAUCCUGAAAAAAUGUCCUCACCAGCACAGCAGUCAGUGCUAGUCAUCGGCGCCGGCGAGCUCGGCUCCGCCAUCCUGCGCGCCCUGGCCACACACCCGCUGCACAGCCCGCAACACACCCGCCUCUCCGUCCUCCGCCGCGCCGAAAGCAUCGCCAAGCUUUCACCACCACCACCACAUUCUUCUUCUGACUCUUCUUCUUCUUCUUCUUCUUCUUCUUCUCCUUCUCCCCCUACCACCAUCAUCACCACCACAGACAACGGCGUGCGCGUGGCCCUCGAAGCAGGCGACUUCGUGUCGGCGCCCGUGUCCGAGCUGGCCGCGACGUUCGCACGAUACGACGUGGUCAUCCAGGCGGCCGGGUUUGGCGCGCCGCGGGGCACGCUGCUGCGCGUGGCCGAGGCGGCCGUCGCCGCGGGCGUGGCGCGCUUCUUCCCCUGGCAGUUCGGCGUCGAUUACGAUGCCGUGAUGGCGGCGGAGGGGAGCGGGAGCGGGAGCGAGAGCGGGCAGAAGGAGCUCUUUGGGGAGAUGCUGGCUGUGCGGAGGCUGCUGAGGGGUCAGAGCCGGACCAGGUGGACUGUUGUCUCGACGGGGCUGUUUAUGAGCUUUUUGUUUCUGAAGGGGUUCGGUGUGGUUGAUUUCGAUUUCGGGGGGGAGAGGGUGUUGCGGGCGCUCGGGGGGUGGGAGAAUCGCGUGACGGUUACGGAGGUGGAGGGGAUUGGGAGGAUGGUGGCCGAUAUUGUGUACUCGCCUGGAGACACUGAGAGCAAGGUCGUGUAUAUUGCGGGUGAUACCGUAUCGUAUGGGGAUAUUGCGGAUAUCAUGGAGUGGGUCUACGGCAAAGGGUUCAGGAGGGAGGUGUGGGAUAUGGAGUAUUUGAAGAGGAGGCUGGAAGAAGAACCGGGAAAUGUUAUGCUGCGGUACCAGAACGUGUUUGGGGCGGGUGUUGGCAUAUCCUGGGAGAUGGAGGGGACACUGAAUGCCCAGCGAGGGAUUAGGCUGAUGAACUUAAGGGAGUAUGUGGAGGAGAACAAGGAUCGACUGGCUGACGAGACAAAUUGAGUGAGUGCCUGAAGGGGGCGGAACUGAGAACUCAGGGGUAGAACAUCGGUCACAGGGUCACCACAACCAACACUGUUCCUCUAAAGAAUUUCCUUGUCCAACACUAGUACCUAUGUACAACAUAGAUCCAUCAAAGAAGCGAAUGAAUGAACA